AUCAUGCCGGCAGAGGGGGGAAGAUGGAGGGCUGCAGGGUAGGCAGGGGAUGCGGCCAAGUUCAACUUUGCCGUGGGAUCGCAGCCGUAGUUCAGCCGCAGGCCCACAGGGGAGGCAAUGCGGACAAGGCAACUGGAAAAGCAGCGUCCCGAUAACUCCUCACCCAUAGAGACGGUUUUAAAAAAAUAAAUCGCUGCUUAAUUCAUUAUUACUAUUUUAACGCUCAGAUCGUCAUAAUUAGUGUUAUUGCAGUUUAUUAUACUGCAGACAGGCCGUCUCCGGAGCUCCAGAGAGCCCGCACCUUGAACGGCUUCAGUCCCACGGAGUAGGACAGCGAUAAGAUGGCCGGGACGACAUCGAUUGAGGCGGUAAAGAGAAAGAUCCAGUCGUUGCAGCAGCAGGCGGACGAUGCGGAGGACCGGGCCGAAACGCUGCAGAGGGAGGUCGAUGCGGAGAGACACGCCAGGGAGAGGGCAGAGGCUGAGGUGGCGUCCCUGAACCGGCGCAUCCAGCUGGUGGAGGAGGAGCUGGACCGCGCCCAGGAGAGGCUGGCCACCGCGCUGCAGAAGCUGGAGGAGGCCGAGAAGGCCGCGGACGAGAGCGAGCGAGGCAUGAAGGUCAUAGAAAACAGGGCAACCAAGGAUGAGGAGAAGAUGGAACUCCAGGAGAUGCAGCUGAAGGAGGCCAAGCACAUCGCUGAGGAAGCCGACCGCAAGUAUGAGGAGGUCGCCCGCAAGCUGGUCAUCCUGGAGGGAGAUCUCGAGCGCUCAGAGGAACGUGCAGAGGUGGCAGAGGCCCGAAUCCGGCAGCUGGAGGAGGAGCUUAGAGUAAUGGACCAGAAUUUGAAAUCCCUCAUGUCCACCGAGGAAGAGUAUUCACAAAAGGAGGAUAAAUAUGAGGAGGAAAUCCGAGUCCUCACAGAGAAGCUCAAAGAGGCUGAAACACGUGCUGAGUUUGCAGAAAGAUCCGUCGCCAAACUCGAAAAGACUAUCGAUGAUUUAGAAGAAAAACUGGCCCACGCUAAGGAGGAGAACAUAGGGAUACACCAGGUGCUGGAUCAGACCAUGCAGGAGCUUAACAAUUUAUAGAGUGUCAUCUCUCCCAAAGAAAGAAAGGUGGGGAGGUGACCAAGAGCAAAGCUUUAUUACAGGGCCCGACGUGCACCGAAACGCCAUCAUGGAGUCAUCACACCUCCUGGGAGGAUGGAUCUUACGAAAAGGGAACUCCAUGUCAGAUCUGUAUGUCUAGUUGAGGGUAGGCGAUAGAUAUGUGUUCUGUGUUUUUGAAUAUGGCUGCACCAGUCUCAGCGUUUUAACAUAGGUAGCAUUGAAACUUUCGCUCUCGCGACCUUCCCUGUCAUUUUCCCCGCACAGAAAUCACAUCCCCCGACAAAGUCUGUCUAAUGAAUUAAUCUUUUGCCUGAAUCACAUUCAUGUUAUAACAAGCUUCGUCGAAUGAAGUCUUUUUAAAAGUUUGUAGCCUGUAUUGAAAAAUCUUCUGUCUUCUGUUAACGAAACGUUUAUUUUCAUGGACUGUUUUAUCUGUGACCUUGAUCGGCGGUGUCACAGUGAGCUCCUGCGUGGAUGGAGUAUAGCAACGGACUCUUAGCUGGUGAUAGGAUACCAUCCGCAGACAGCAGAAUGGAGGGGAGAUACAGCCGUAUUUGAUUAUUCAGAAUUAUUAUUAAAAGUGCUGUGUUGCCAAGACUUCAGAGCUUGUUGUAAGUUUAGAAAGGUCACCUUGAGAGACGGGCAUAAUGUUUUGUAAUCACGACCACGAUUUCUCUGGCCGUUUUUUUUGUACUUAAUUUUUAUGAAAUUAACAUUGAAAGUUAUUGUAUUUGAGAAGAUCGGUGAAUUUUAAUUCUGAGAAAUCUUACAAAUUCCUUGUGGUCAUAUUUUGGUUGUUGUAAUUUGAGAACAUUUAAUUUGAUUUUUUUUUUUUGCUAAUAUAUACUGUACGUAAUUUUCCAAAGGCCUGUCUUUGACUGCUGUACUAAUUGGCAGUGUAGGUUUCUGUAACACUGAAAAAAAUGUAUCAUUGAUCAGGAAUGUGUUGCAGUUUUAAAUCCAAAGUCUGAAGUUGCUCUUCUCCAAAAUUAAAUUUUCCCUAUGUAUGUAUCCUAUGCAAUUGGCUCUGUAUGUUUCCUGUUUAAGAUUAUUAAAAGACUGACAAAA